AUGAGCAUGUUACCCCACAGCAGAUGGUCGGGUAGGGUCACCAUGCCCCAGGGUCCAGGCUGGGGAAGUUCAAGGCCGAGCAGUGUUGCUGAAUGCCUGACGUGGUACAAUGCAACUGAGAACGAUUCAGCCACUAGCAACAAUACAUUCAACAACGCGAAUAUUUCUGACGUAACAAAUGAUGAUAUUUAUAUCAGCGAUGAAGACACUUUUACUAACUUGAAAAACAGAAAAGCUGCUGUCGCUACUUCCAACGCGGCAUUCGCUAAUAGGAGCAGCAAGUCAUCUGAAACAAACAUCAUCAUCUCAUCUGAUAAUAACGAUGACUCAGGUUACAAAUCGUUCGUUAAUAACAUUACGAACAGCAAUAAAAACGAAAACAUGCGAAACCAAAGAUACAACAACAAUCAUAACAACAAAAGAAACGUCUAUAAAAAUAUUUCUGAAAAACAAUACUUUCUACAACAACAACAAUGCAAAAACAUACCGCAAAACAACCAACAGCCGAAUUCUUACGACGAGGUCUUUGAAACAAUACAACACCCCAGUCAUCCGAACGCUUACAACAAGCCAAUCAAAAUCAUCAACCUGAGCAUCAGUAGGAGGAAUAACAUUAACCACACCAUCAACAAUAUUUCCAACCUUAACAACAAAAUUGAGUACAACCAACAAACAUUCCUCAGUGAUGAUAACGUCAUUCCAAAUUUCAUCACCAACACCUCCAACAACAACAUCCACAACAAUAACAACGGUUUCAGAGACAUAUUCUACAGCACUGAAUAUAAGAAAAACUUUAAAACGGAUUUGGAUCUGUAUAAAAAAUACAACAACAUAGCCAACAUGAGCAACAAUAUUUAUGACAAAAAUAAUAAUUUCUACUCUCAAAACAGCAACAAAAAUAAUAACAUGAACGGAAAUGUCAACAACAACAGCCACAACAACCUGCAACACACACUCUCCACCAACUCUCUCGUAAUGACGUCAUCAAAACAAGCGCCAAAUAGUUCAACUAAACUUGUCAGAUCAGUUCCUCAACAACAAAUUAAACAACAAACAGAACAACAUUACCAGAAACAACAACAACAACGACAACUACAACAACAUUAUCACGAUGGCGAUCAAGUUGUCUUAACAAACAGUCAAUUGACAAUAAACAAAUUCAAUGCAUCUUCCACCCAAGAUAAUCUUACAACGAAUGGUCAUGACACGUUAGGCAGUCAACAAAACACAAACAACAACAACAGCGAUUCCUACAACAACAAUAACAUUGACAGUAACAACAAAAUAUACCUCCGGAGCACAAACUUCAGUAGGGAGAACAACAACAAGAUUGUUUUUGCCAACAACACAAAGGAUAACAUAUACAGCAGCAGCACAAAUAACAUCAACAGUCUCAGCAACAUCAACAAAGAUGAUGGUGGCAUAAACGAGCGUAUUCAUGCAAUCGCUCUGGCGACAGAAAGAAUAACCAGGGAACAAGCCCUCUUGAGGCGAGAGUUGAGACUGUCGCGAGAUUUCAAGAGGAGUGCCUCGGCCAAAAUUUCAACCAGGUGGAAAAAUUACAAAUACAACAACAGUAACAACAGCAACUUCUACAAUAACAACGGGUUUAACAAUGGUAAUGGUGAUAGAAAUGUUAAUCACGAUGAGAACGUGGUCGACAAUUACGAUCACGUUGACUACGGCUACAACGACAAAAAUCGUCGCUUCAACAACACUCCCAACAACAACAACAAAUUUAGUUAUAACAAGUAUCAAGAAAGUUGCGAUUAUUUCAGAAAUGAUAGGAACAACAACAUAAACAACAAUUACAGUUCGUUCGACAACAAUCUCAGAUACAACAACACUCUGAACAACAAGUUCUGCAACUCCAAUUAUGACAACAACGACGACGAUGACAGCAACAACUACAACAGCCAGUCUAUGGAAAUAGUCGGCAGAAGCGUCAGUGGUCGCCAGCAGAAAAGGAUGUGCUACUGA